UUAGAAUUUUCAUUCGCGAAAAUCAGAUUGAGAUUCAGUUUCAGUUGAAUGAAGAUUAUUGCGAAUAGUGGAAAUCAGCGAGCAAGUGCUUCCUAAGAGUUUUUAUUCACGCCAUUGGUAAAUCGCCUAUCUUUCUGGAACAAAAAGAAAAAUGGACACCAGGUUAUAUGAAAUCAAAAAAUCGGAAACUCUUGGACGAUACUUGGUAGCCUUACGCCCCAUAAAAGCAGGUGAAGUAAUAAUCCAUGAACUUCCUGUUGCAUUCGGCCCCCCUACAAGUAGCGAACCAGUUUGCUUAGGGUGCAAUAAGAAAGUAUCCUUCUAUGAGACACCUUACAGAUGCCCCGGUUGCCAUUGGCCAAUAUGUAAUCCCCAAUGCGAAGGCCUCAAUAAAGAUCUCGGUCAUAGCCGUAUUGAAUGUCAACUUUUCGCCCAGAAUAAUGUUGCGAAAUUGGUGGAAAAAUUUGAUGGACGGCAGAUGAAAAUCGGCAACGAAAUCAUAUUUCCGCUACGUUGUUUAUAUCUUAAGCAAACGAAUCCAGAUAAAUGGGCUCAGACUAUAGCGCUGGAAUCACAUAACGACCUACGUAAGGACAUUCCAGAACUUUGGUCACGAAAUCAAGAGAAGAUUGUAAACCAGAUUAGAGAUGAUUGGAACAUAAAAGAGUUUACCGAUGAGGAGAUACACACAGUGUCCGGAAUCAUCAAAGUCAAUUGUUUCGGUCUGGGACGGCAAGGGACCAAAGGACGAGCUCUUUAUCCGCUUACAUCAAUAAUGGCACAUGAUUGCUGUCCAAAUGUUAGAACAGCUAUUCAUCCGAAGACGUAUACAAUGACGGUUAGAGCGCUGAGAGAUAUUGAGCAGGGCGAGAGUAUUACAACAAGCUAUGUUGAUUAUAUUAUGGGUACUAUGAAGAGACGGGAACAGUUAAAACAUGGAAAAUUUUUCUGGUGCAUAUGUCGAAGGUGUCGUGACCCUACAGAAUUUGGGACAUACUGCAGUGCCCUCAAAUGUCUUAGAUGCAAUGGUGGAACUGUUCUUUCUACGAACCCACUUGACCAAGACGCUGAGUGGAUGUGUCUACAAUGUCAAAACUUCAUUAAUGCCUCCACUAUAUCGGCCACUUUGGAUAAACUAUUCAGAGAACUUGAAUCGACCGAUGCCACUCAAAUUCAAUCUUUAGAGGAUUUCAUUCAAAAGUACAAACGUAUCCUAGGAGACAAACACUACCUGAUAACCUUGGCCAAGUAUAAUAUUUGCCAACUAUACAACAUGUCCAAUGAUUUCUCCGUGGAUACCCUCCGGCAAAGAGAACAAUAUUGCAGGGAUGUGUUGGAGGUUGUUAACGUGCUGAAACCUGGUCUGUCGCUUGUACGAGCGAUUACAAUGUUCAACCUGCAUAUUCCGCUCUUAUCACUGGCCAAAAUCGCUUUCAAAAAAGGAGAGAUCAACAUCUUCGAAUUCCGCUUACGUUUGCAAGAAGCCGUUGAAUUGUUAAACGAGUGUGAAGUUAUUCUGAAGUUGGAUCCAGAUGAUCCUAUGGAACGCGAUAUGGCCAACUUGGCAGCGAUGGCACUGAAAGCUAUAAACCAAGUGUUAAUAAUUCCAGGAAAAAUCAUGGAAAGAAGGUUAUACGAAAUAUGCAUAUCAGAUACAAUCGGUCGUUAUUUAACGGCCACACAGCCUAUAAAGGCAGGCGAAGUGAUUAUAAAUGAGAUUCCUGUUGCAUUCAGUACUCCCAAAUGCGGCGAUCUUUUUUGCCUAGGGUGCUACAAAAAGCUACCCCUCAGUGGUUCGCAGAAUAGAUGUUCAGGAUGCCAAUGGCCAAUAUGCAGCGAACAGUGCGAAGGUCUCUAUUCCAAUCUUGGGCACAGUCAAUUCGAAUGUGAAUUAUUUUCCCGCAAAAAUAUAAGAUUAAUAGACAACUUUGACGAAAAACACACAAAAACCGUUAACGGAGUCAUGUUUCCCUUACGCUGUUUAUAUCUGAAAUAUACGGACCAAGCUAAAUGGGCUGCAGCAAUAGCAAUGGAGUCACACCGUGAUAUCCGCAAAGAGAUUCCAGCAAUUCACUUUCAUGAACAAAAGAUGGUGAAUCAAAUCAGGGACAUUUGGGGAAUUAGAGAAUUCACGGAAGAUGAAAUAUACACAGUUUCCGGAAUUAUCGAAGUCAACUGCUUCGGUUUUGAUCGGGAUGGAAGAAAAGGAAGAGGACUUUACCCAAUAACAUCUCUUAUGGCUCAUGAUUGUUGCCCGAAUGUGAGGACUGCUAUCCAUCCAAAAACGUACGCAAUGACUGCACGGGCACUUAGAGACAUAGAGCAAGGAGAAAGUCUUACAAUAAGCUACGUGGAUUACAUUUUGGGAACCUUAAAGAGGCGGGAGCAGCUGAAGCAUGGUAAACUGUUCUGGUGUACAUGCCAACGGUGCGCUGAUCCCACGGAAUUUGGUACUUACUGCAGUGCUCUCAAGUGCCGUAAAUGUCAAACUGGCAUAGUUCUUCCUAUCAAUCCACUGAAACAAGACGCACCCUGGGCGUGUUUACAGUGUACAAGCUCUAUAGAUGCCGCUACUAUAUCAGCUAUCUUGGAUAAACUAUUUAGGGAACUAGAGGCAACCGAUGCCACUCAAAUUCAACCUUUCGAAGACUUUAUCCAGAAAUACAAACAUAUCCUUGGAGAAAAGCACUAUCUGAUCACCUUGGCCAAGUACAAUAUUUCCCAGCUCUACAACUUGUCCAAUGAUUUCUCGGUGGAUGUCCUCAAGCAUAGAGAGCAAUAUUGUAGGGAUGUAUUGGAGGCUGUGAAUGUUUUGAAACCUGGACUGUCAUUAGUGCGCGCAAUUGCCAUGUUUAAUUUGCAUAUUCCACUGAUAUCUUUGGCGAAGGCUGCUUUCAAAAGUCAACAAAUCAGCUUAACUGAGUUUCGAAACCGCGUGCAAGAAGCUGCUGAACUACUAAAAGAAUGCGAACAUAUUUUGAAAUUGGACCCAGAUGAUGCCAAGGAACGAGACAUGGCGCGGCUCGCGAGAAUCGCCCUAGUAGCCUUAAGUCAACUGCUAAUGAGAUACAAAAAUUAGGAAAUACCGUUGAAAUUUUGAAGAAAAUUAUAAAAAGA